AUGGAGAAUAUCACACCCAUUGCAGUAACCCCUGUUGCUAUGGUUGUUCCAUCCGUGGCAUCGACUGGUGAUCCUACAGUGGCUCCUACAGUCGAGUCUGCACUACCUAAUCCCUGUCGUGACAUUGUCCUCUACCAGUCGGAGGUUGGUGGUUCUGGACAUUCCCCAAGUUCAGAGUCGACCCCGUCUCCCCCCUCACCUCAGGUCAGUCAGAAACCUCGUACGUUUCUAGGUAAGGCUCCUCCUAUCUCUAAAAAGGUUCGACCUUCACUGUCAUCUCCUUCCCCACCUGUGUCGAAACGAGUCACCCGUUCUUCGUCGAGUCACCAGUCUCCCUCGAAACCUAAAUCCAAGAAAAAACCCACUCCAGUUGCUUCUACAGAGUCAUCUCCCAAACGGUCGUCUAGAGGUUCUAAAAAGUCCAAACUUCCCAAAGCACCUAUAUCAAUUGUCGACCCAACAAUAGUACAAUGUUUUGUUGAUGCCUCUAAAGCCUCUGUCUAUCAACGGUGGUUUGGCAGUCGUGAGCUUUGGUUCGAACAAGUGGUCAUAUUAGAUGAUUUUCCUGAACUGCAUGAGUUUUUAAAACUUAGGGAAUGGGUAAACACGGUCACUAACUUGUCUGCUCCUCAUCCCAUCUUAGUUCGAGAAUUCUAUGCCAAUCUCGAUAGAACUGUUAUUGCUGAGGGUCAUCCAGGGUGUGUGAGUGCCUUUGUUAGGGGUCAUAGAGUUCCUUUUGGUCCAUCCACUAUUGCGUCAUUAUUGCAAGUUGAGUCCAUCAGGAAACCAACAUAUGGGAAACACUUCAAUCCAGAUCAAUCCUUGAUGGGUCGAGUGCUAACUGGCAGGGAUGACUAUAUUUGGGACAAACAGGAAAUUCUGGUCACUCAUCUGACUCCAUUCUAUAGGGUUCUUCAUCGGGUAGCCUUGUACAAUUGGUUUCCUAAUUCUCAUUUGUCUGCUGUUACACUUGAGAUUGGCAAGUUCUUGUAUGCUGUAGGCACUAAUGUGUCCAUUGAUCUGCCCUCGCUCAUUUUUGAACGGGUACUUUAA